AUGGCUGGCUCAGCAAUAUGGUUUAUCUUGGGGAUCUUCCUGGCGCUCUAUAUUUUGCGCCAGAAACCCGAUGCGCGCCUCAAGCACAUCCCUAUUAUCAGAUACAGCACUUUCCUGCCGGACCUCUUUAACCGGUUCAUCUUCUACCCAAAGGCAAAGUCGAUGAUAUACUGGGGUUAUGAGAAAUUCAACAAUCAUCCGUUUCGUAUGCUCACCGGUGAUGGCGAGAUCGUCGUUUUGCCUAUCAAGUAUGUAGAGGAGCUGAAGCACUUUCCUCCAUCGAUCAUCAGCUCGCUGGAUGCACAAUUCGAGAAUGCGCUGGGGGAAUACACCAACAUCAAGGUCAACAGCUAUUUACCGUCAAAUACUGUGCGCAAACGCUUGACUCCCAGCAUUGCUCGAAUCACGCCUUGGAUACUUGACGAGUUACGCUACGCCUUCGACUCUGUUCUCCCGGAUUGUGAAGAUCAAUGGAUCACCAUCAAAGCGCAUGAAAUGUUCGUCAGUCUGAUUUCGCGUGCAACAUCCCGGGUCCUGGCCGACUCGCUUCGACGCAACGAGCAAUGGCUCGACAUCGCAAGUAACUACUCCGUCAACGUGGGCAUUACCAUCCUUCUACUACGUCCAUUCCCAAACUUUAUCAGGCCCUUUAUUGCGACUUUUCUCCCCUCCGUUCGACAAAUGAAGAAACAGCUGCAAUUCGCCAAGAACCUUUUCAUUCCCAUGAUCAACGCGCGCCGCGCUGCCGAAGCUACGAAUGACCCAAGCUACAUCAAGCCGGACGACUUUCUGCAGUGGAUGAUGGAUCUGGCAGAGGACGAGCAGGAUUUGGACCCCGAGGCACUGGCACAUCAUAAUCUGAUUCUAAUGAGCCUGGCAGUGGUGCAUACAAGCUCUAUCGCGCUCUGCCAGAUUCUUUACGAUUUGAUUGCCAGACCGGAGUAUAUCGAGCCAUUGCGUGACGAGAUUAUGCAGACGCUCAGCAGUGGAUGGGAUAAUGCUUCCAAAGCAUCAUUCGACGCCCAGAAACGCUUGGAUAGUUUCCUGCGCGAGUCACAGCGUUGGGGUCCACCGGGUGAAUUGUCAAUGCAUCGCAUUGUCAAAACGCCUUUGGCAUUGUCAGACGGCCUGCACCUCCCCAAGGGAGUACACAUCUGCUUCCCAUCCGGCCCCAUCAGCAAAGAUCCAAACUUCGUCUCGAACCCGGCUGUCUUUGAUGGAUUGCGGUGGUGUCAGGACCCGGCAGAUCGGAAUGCACUUCGACCAUCAAACAUAACUUCGAACGGCAGUGCGGGAAAGGAGCAAAACGAGCAAGAUGGGACAUCACUUGCUCCGUCUCCGACUACCAGCUUUAUCAGUAUUAGCCCAUCGAACAUGCACUUUGGAUUGGGGCGCCAAGCUUGUCCGGGUCGGUUUUUCGCUGCGAGUACGAUCAAGGCAAUCAUGAGUCGGAUUAUUAUGGACUAUGAAUUCAAAUUUGAGGGUGAUCGGGUUGGAUGGAGGCCGGCAAACAUUGGGAUUGGGGAACAUAUCUUCCCUGAUACUAACACACGAGUGUUGUUUCGAAAGAGGCAAAGGUGA